AUGUCGUCCUUCUUCACUGCACCUGGAGCUCAAAAGAAGCGGAAACGUCCGUCGGCGGCGGAAACACCAAAAAAACGGCUUGCGACCUCGAAAUCAGCGUCCCAAUCCGCGAGCAAACCCUCCGCCAAACCGGCUGCCGCCUCGAAAAAGAAGGCUGUUGAGCGGGACGAGUCGAUAUCAGGCAGCGAUCUCGAAAGCGACGAGAGCGGCGAUGACGUUCGGGACAUUGAGCGCUCCGAGGGGGACUCGGAUGAGUCGGACAACGAAGGGGAGACCGCGGCCGAGAAGCGGCUGAGGCUUGCGCAGCGGUACCUCGAAAAGACACGGAAGGAGGUCGAGCUGGAUGAGUAUGCAUUCGAUGCCGAGGAAAUUGACCGCGACUUGCUCGCGGAGCGGUUGCAAGAGGAUGUGGCCGAAGCGAAGGGCAAGGACGGCUACCUUACCAAGUGGAGGUUGCAAGACCUUCCGAAAGAUCAAUGGCCACAAACGACGCGGAGGAAACCCAAGAAGCCCCCUGCGCCGCCUAAGCGGCGACCCGAGAGAGUAUGCUCUGCCAAAGCCAACCCGGGUAAAACCAAAGACAAAACAUACCAAGGCCACACAGGCGCCCCGAUAACCGUCAAAGCGUCUCAAGAUGGCAAGUACGUCGUGACCGGCGGCGUCGACCGCCGGCUCGUUGUCUACAACGCCAGUGACCUGAAGCCGAUUCGCGCCUUUACCCAACACCGGGACGCCGUAACUGGUCUCGCCUUCCGCCGUGGCACGAACCAACUCUUCUCCUGUUCUAAAGACCGCACGGUCAAACUCUGGUCUCUCGACGAACUUGCCUACGUCGAGACCCUGUACGGCCAUCAAGACGAAGUUCUGGAUGUCGACGCGCUGGCUCAGGAACGCUGCGUCAGCGUCGGCGCGCGAGACCGCACCGCGCGCUACUGGAAGGUCGCAGACCAGACCCAUCUCAUUUUCCGCGGCGGCGGCGAAGGAGGAAGCAGCGGCGGCAGCAGCAGCAAGAAGCACAAGCUACCUCCUGGCGUCGACCCAGCCUCGGCCGCACACCAAGGCAGCAUGGACCGAGUGUCGAUGAUUGACGACGACAUGUUCGUGACCGGAAGCGACAACGGCGAUCUCGCGUUAUGGAGUCUUCAACGCAAAAAACCGCUGCACACCGUUCCCCGCGCGCACGGAAUUGAGCCCCCCCUGAAACCGUCCGAGGCGUCGGCUGACGAGGUCCCCGAUCCCAAGAUUAUCCCCGCGCCGCAGCCGCGGGGGAUUACCGCGCUGCGGACCAUCCCCUAUUCUGACGUGAUUCUCACCGGCAGUUGGGACGGGUGCAUCCGCGUGUGGAGGCUAAGCGAGGAUAAGAAAAAGAUUGAGCCUGUUGGCGUGCUGGGCGGGUCGUCAUCGACGUCGACGAUGCCGAACGGCACACACGUCCAGGUCGGGCAAGGCCAAGUGCAGAACCGGGAUAUCGUGCGCGGCAUCGUCAACGACAUCGCCAUGUUUGAGCGCGGAGAUCGCGGCCGUGACGGGCUCUGCGUUGUGGCUGUGACGGGCAAGGAGAUGCGCCAUGGUCGGUGGAAGUACAUGAAGGAAGGGCGGUGUGGCGCCGUCAUCUUCGAGGUCCCCAAGCUGGAUUCCAGGAAGCAGCAGCAGGAUGGUGGGGACCGGGUGAAUGGGCGGUCGCCGGAGACGGAGGCCGAUGAUUAGGUCUGUAGAGCACCAGCGUUCUCUAUACCCGAGGCGGACAGGUUUUGUCACCCACCUCAGUUAUGAUGUACAAAACCUACAUCACCACCAUUGUUGGCGUAAAGCAAGACGCUUGUUGGUAUUCCACCCGAAAAGAAGCCUUCGCUGCUCG